AUGCGAGGCCUCAGCGAGCAACGUGCGGUUGUCUACCCCUGUGUCCGGGAGCGCUAUGAAGCGGCCAAGAAGUGUGGAUUCAGCGAUGAGCAGAACCCUUACCACGAAAGCAAGUACGAAGCUCUGACUGCCCCUGUGUGCUCCAUGGACUUUGACCGUGUAACUGGCUUCAGCCUGGAUGCUCUCACUGGCGAAAGAGCUAGCGCUCCGGAGUUCGACUGGGGGGAUGGGCCUGAAAUACCCACAGAGAUACAUUGGGCAGAGCCACCCCUGUUAACGAAGCCAGCGGCGGCUGUGGCUGUUGCGCAGCAAGCAAAGGAGUCUACGCCUGCAGCUGCGGAUCCUGCGCCGGAAAAUCAGGAUAGAGCUGCAGACUCCCGGCAGCUUGCGGUACUGCCUGGGCAGCCAGAGGCACACUAUGGCGAGGAAGCGGAGAAGCCGGUGGAGCAGAAGCGUCCGCCGGCUCUAACAGACUUGACGGAUGAGGAAGAGACGGCUAAAGCGCAGAAGGAUGCCGCGAAGUCAGGCUGCUGCACGCUGCUGUGA